AUGUCAAUCUUGCUCUGUUUCCUCUGUCUCUUGCCCAUUUUCUUAGUAACCUUAUCAAUCUUCUCUCAAAAUUUCAAAAGAUGGAAGCUUCCUCCGGGACCACAGAAGCUUCCGAUCAUCGGAAACUUACACAACCUCAAAGGAUUGCCUCACAAAUGUUUUCGAGAUCUCUCUCAAAAGUUCGGACCAGUGAUGUUUCUCCAUUUCGGAUUCGUUCCCGUGGUGGUGAUCUCAUCGAAAGAAGGAGCUGAGGAGGCUCUAAAGACCCACGAUCUUGAUUGUUGCAGCCGACCAGAGACGGUGGGGACAAGAAUGAUCUCUUACGAUUUCAAAGACGUUGCAUUCUCACCUUAUGGUGAGGAAUGGAAAGCGUUAAGGAAGCUCAUGGUUAUGGAGCUCUUGAACACGCAUAGGCUCAAGUCUUUCAGGUGUAUUAGAGAGGAAGAGAACGACUUGCUGGUCAAGAAACUGACGGAGUCGGCUCUGAAACGUUCCCCGGUGAAUCUGAAGAAGACCCUUUUCACGCUCAUUGCGAGUAGCAUCUGUAGGCUCGCGUUCGGAAUAAAUAUCCACAAAUGCGAGUUCAUCGACGAGCACAACGUUGAGAAUCUUGUUCACAAGUUUGAGUUGCUCGUCGAAGAUACAGCGUUCUCCGAUUUCUUCCCUGGAGUAGGUUGGUUCAUCGACCGUAUUUCCGGCCAGAACAAGACAUUGAACAAUGUUUUCUCGGAGCUAGACACUUUCUUCCAGAAUGUUCUCGAUGAUCAUCUUAAGCCUGGAAGAAGAGUAUCAGAGAGCCCUGACGUUGUUGAUGUGAUGAUUGAUCUGGUGAAGAAGCAAGAGAAUGAUGGAGACUCAUUCAAGCUCACCACUGAUCAUUUCAAAGGAAUCAUCUCGGAAAUAUUUCUAGCAGGAGUAAACACAAGCGUGGUCACUCUAACUUGGGCGAUGACAGAACUGAUCCGAAAUCCGAGAGUGAUGAAGAAAGUACAAGAGGAGAUUCGGACAACACUGGAGGCAAAAAAGGAGAGAAUCACAGAAGAUGAUCUAACACAGCUUCACUACUUCAAGCUUGUGGUCAAAGAAACAUUCAGAUUACACCCAGCAGCUCCACUUUUGCUACCAAGAGAGACAAUGUCUCAAGUCAAGAUCCAAGGCUACGACAUUCCCGCAAAAACCCAAAUGUUCAUCAACGUUUACUCCAUCGCACGUGAUCCAAAACUCUGGACAGAACCAGAUGAGUUUAAUCCUGAAAGGUUUCUUGACAGUUCCAUAGAUUACAAGGGACUAAACUUUGAGUUUUUACCGUUUGGUUCUGGCCGGAGAAUCUGUCCCGGGAUGACUAUGGGGAUGACAAAUGUGGAAUUAGGACUGUUGAAUUUGCUUUACUUCUUUGAUUGGGGUUUGCCUGAAGGUAAGACUGUGAAAGACAUCGACUUGGAAGAGACCGGAUCAAUCAUUAUCAGCAAGAAAGGAACUCUUGAGCUUGUUCCAUUUCUUCACAACUGA